CCACCCUGAAUCCUGGCAUUCAGGCUGUGGCUCCUUCAGCUUCCACAGUGCAUCCCGUUUUAUGGGAAUCCUCUUAUGUCUCCUUACAAGUGAACAUAUAAGGUUUUCACAUGCUGUAAUACGGAGCACAGAGAUGACUCGAAGAAUCCCGGCGGUUCAGUUUCAAUAAGAGGCGCGUCUGCCCUUCUCCAGGGACGACAUGUCUGCAGUUGAGACCGGCUUGUACCAACCCGCUCAGCUGCUCAGCUGGGUUUAUAUGUCCUUACACGACGCUCCUGGCAGCGCUUUCGACGGCUUUAAGGUCGAAUCGGACUCCUCUGCUCAGGACGGGACGGAGCGCAUCGCGGCUGAUCUGAGCUCCAACUAUCUUAGCAACUUCUUCAAUCUGAACACUGAGGCUUUGACUAAAAGUUUCUACAAAGGCUCAUCCCCGCAUGGAUCGUUCAGUAACAUCGUUGACGGUCUGAACUCUCUGGCGGACCAUUUCUCAGAUCUCUCCCUGUGCCCCGAGACGCACAGACCCAGCAAAAGGCCACCGCCCAACUACUUGUGCCACCUAUGCUUCAACAAAGGACACUACAUCAAAGACUGCCCUCAGGCGCGACCCAAAGGUGAAGGCCUGACCCCGUAUCAAGGAAAGAAGAGGUGCUUCGGGGAAUAUAAAUGCCCUAAAUGCAAGAGGAAGUGGAUGAGCGGCAACUCCUGGGCCAACAUGGGACAGGAGUGUAUCAAGUGCCACAUCAACGUUUACCCACACAAGCAGAGACCUCUGGAGAAACCGGACGGUUUGGACGUGUCAGACCAGAGCAAAGAACAUCCACAGCACCUGUGUGAAAAAUGCAAAGUCCUUGGCUACUACUGCCGCCGCGUGCAGUAGGACACUGCCUCCUUUUGCUGAGUGUAGGCUUAUUCAAAGACUCACCAUUUCAUAUUUUACCUUUUAAAAACAUGCAAUAAUGAACCGUUUUAGUACUGGGAUGAAUCUAACAUCUAAGACUCAUAAAAUAGAUUUUCUGCUAGACAUCUCAGUGGAAAUGAGUUCCUUUGUGUUCUUUGGGUUAUCUUCAUGUGAAAUCUCAUCUUUACCAAAGAACUGUGAAUUACUGUGAAUUUUAAACAAGAUUAGCUCCAUCUGUUUCUACAUGAUGGAACAGUCAGAUUAAAAGUCUUAUACAUGUUUGUAUAUUUCCAAAAUAAUUCACUGUAAAUGUAAUCAUGUUUUCUGUAUAAAAUAUGAAAGUCUUAACCAAGAAAUAUAUGCAUUUAUAUGUUUCUGUUAUAUUAUCAGUACUUGUGGGUACAUAAUUUUUUUUAUGUUUUGUUGAGGAAUAUAUUCAACUGUAAAUGUCUUUCUGUGAUUCUUAUGACCACAUCGGUCUGGUGGUUCAGCAUGAUAUUCUUUAUUAACAGUAAGCUAAAGCAAAUAUUUAAAAGGGCAUACAGCGCUAGGAAUACUCACCUAAGUGCCUUUUAGAGUUGUAAGACUGUAUUUGUAGCAUAGGACCAGAGAAGGGAUAGACAGCUGAAAAGUGGCAGAAGUUGUGAACCAAUAAUCAAAGGAUACUUUUUACUGAAGUCGUAAAACCUAAAAUGAUGUGAAGUUCUAUAUAAUGUGCCUUGUUUGCAUAACAUUUAGCUGAUCCAUUGAGUUUUCUUACAUUAAAAGGCUCUUAUAAAGA